AUGAGCCGGGUUGGUGCAGCAGUUGCCCUCGGAGGCCUGACCUUAGCGCCUGCCUUCCUGGCGCCAGCCGUAUCAUCAAAACCUGGCCAGAAGCAGCUGCGAGUGGCUGAGCCAACUACCUCCAGAGCCGGGCCACCUGUCUCCACCUGCACAGCUGGCGUGCUGGGUGCCGCCGCAGUGGCAUCCUAUGUGGCAGCCAAGAAGCCUGUUCGACCUGCUGUCACCUGCCAGGCUUUUGAUGCCAGCUCCCAAGUUGGCGUCACGCCACCUUUCGGCUUCUUUGAUCCAGCAGGUUUCACCAAGGAUGUUGACGAGGAUGAGUUCACGCGGCUGCGGGCUUGCGAGAUCAAGCACGGUCGCGCAGCCAUGAUGGGGGCGCUAGGCAUGCUUGUGCAGAGCGUGUACAAGCUUCCAGGCUACGAGGGUGUGCCUUCAGGUUUGGCUGCACAAUGGACGGAGCCGGGGGCCAACAGCUUGUGGAUCGUUUUCGUCGCUAUCGGCAUGCUUGAGCUCGGCCUUAGCCCGUGGAAGGAGGACCCAAGCAGCCCAGGUGGAUCGAAUCGGGAGCUCAACAAUGGACGAUUUGCUAUGUUCGCUUGGCUAGGAAUUGUCAGUGCAGAGCUGUACACUGGAAGCACCGCUGUCUCCCAGUUUGCUGUGGCACCAAAGACCGUGGCUCGCGCCUCCAGUGGCUUCUGUGGAGUGUCGCUGAAGCGGGAGAACCACCGUAGCCUUAGCAGCCGCCGAGCGUUCGACGGAGCCAGCCAGCCAGGCGCCUCUGCGCCGCUGGGCUAUUUCGACCCACUGGGUCUCAGCGGCACGCAGGAGCGCUUUGACAAGUUCCGUGCUUCUGAAGUGAAGCAUGGGCGCGUGGCUAUGUUAGCAAUCAUGGGAUCCUUUGCAGCCCACUGGGCCACGCCCCUGAAUGCGGGAGCUGGCGCCGCUGGCUUCUCAGAUCCUAUUGGAGCGAAGGGCUGCGUGGCCUUGACCUUCUUCUGUGGCUUCUUGGAGCUUGGGCCUUGGGCCGAUGGCUAUGCCAAGAGCCCAGGCGACUUCGGCGACCCCGCGGACUUCGGCCUGUUCUUUGGCUCCUCAGACGACAUGAAGACAAAAGAGCUGAAUAAGGGACGCCUCGCCAUGAUGGCAACCAUUGGGAUGUGUGUUCAGGAGGCAACUUUCGGAGAGAAGUUCACCGAUCUGCCG